GGAGGAGGAGGAGGAGGAGGUAGCCCCCCUGCUAAACCGUUCCUACCUCGGCAGAACUACGGAGGCAGUCUCAGUGCUCUCAACACAGAGAACAGCGCCGUGACCAAUAAGAUACAGUGUAUGACUCAGUUAUGUACACCUCCACGAAUCUCCCGGACCUUAUCGAUGGGAAGAAACCUGUCGUAUAUCGCCAACGAGAAGCGUCACAUAGAGUUGAUAGAGCUGGAGAACGAUGGGAAGGGGCUGGGCUUCGGCAUUGUAGGGGGUCGAUCCUCUGGAGUCCUGGUCAAAACCAUCCUACCAAGUGGACCUGCUGGACUGGACAAGCGUCUGCGCAGCGGGGACCACAUCCUGCGUAUCGGGGACACAGACCUGGCGGGCAUGGGCAACGAGGAAGUGGCUCACGUUCUCCGCAACGCAGGGUCAAGGGUCAAACUGCUCAUUGCUAGGGACGUCUCCGUCUCCACGGGAACCAACGACCUUUCCCUCUCCUCGCCCCCACUCCCUCUCCUCGCCCAGCAACAACAGAGGGUGGCCAGGAUGGGCAACCAGCUGUGUGACGUGGAGGAGGACUCUGAGUACGAUGUCCAGUUCAGUAAGAACAACAUGGGCCUGGGAUUCACUGUCACCAGCUCAAUAGGGGAGCAGAACUCUGGGGUGCAGGUGAAGAGCAUCGUGAAGGGCAGCGCUGUGGACCAAGCCAGUCAGAUAUACAUCGGAGACAAGAUCUUAGCUGUGGAUGGUGUAAGCCUGCAGGGCUGCAGUGAGCAGAGAGCCCUGGAGGUCCUGAGGAAGACAGGCCAGAUAGUCAGACUGAGGCUGAUGAGGAGGGCCUCUAGGAUGGGUAAAACCAUGAAGCGUCCCCCUCCUCCCCUGGAGCCCUACGUCGUCACCCGUACAGAGACAGAGAGACAUGACAAGACAGACCAGACUGGUGUCAUCAACAGAGGAAGACAAUUGUCUCUGCGUGAGAUGUCCAGAAGAGCCAGUAUGGUGUACUCUGAACAACGACUAGACGCCAGAACCGGAGGGAAGCUGACUGCAGCAGAGGAAGAGGAGUUGAAGAACAGGUGGCAGGCUGCUCUGGGACCCAGAUAUCAAGUGGUUGUGUGUCAGCUAGAGAGGUUCAGUGAGACCAGUGGUCUGGGCAUCAGCAUGGAGGCCAGGGCAGGACACCACUACCUGUGCUCCGUCUUACCUGAGGGGCCCGUUGGACAGAGCAGGAAGAUACACACUGGAGACCAGAUACUGGAGGCGAAUGGCAUCCCUCUGAUAGGAGAGACUCACAGAGAGGUGAUCAGCAUUCUGAGAGAGCUGCCUCUGUGUGUUUGUAUGGUGUGCUGCCGCGUCGUAACCCCACAGCUACGGGACAGUGACCACGACGAUGACGAUGAUGAUGAUGAUGUACAGCUCCCCAUCAAAGAGCUAGUGGCUGAGUUCAAUGAUAAGUCCCAGCAUGACCAGCCCUGCUGUCUACUUCCUGGUUGUAACAACAUGGAUUGUGGGAGUCGUGGUUUUAAUAAGCCUGUGUCUCCUCCUCUGGCCAUGUGGGAGAGAGACAGUCAGGUGAUAGAGCUGGUGAAGGGAGAGGAAGGCCUGGGAUUCAGCAUCCUAGACUACCAGGACCCAGAGGACGCCUCUAAGACUGUUCUGGUGAUCCGCUCCCUGGUCCCCGGUGGCGUGGCCGACUCAGACGGUCGCCUGCUGCCCGGUGACCGGCUCAUGUCCGUCAACGACGUGGACCUGGUCAGAUCAACGCUGGAGCGCGCCGUGCACGUCCUCAAAACCACCGGCUACGGGGCCGUGCGCAUCGGCGUGGCCAAGCCGCUACCGAUCGAGUGUUGUGUCCUGGAGUCCAUCCCGGAGUCAUCGAGGUCGUCGAGAGACGAGACCCAGUCGUUAUCGAGAGACGAGAAGGAUACUCUCUACUCAGCUGGGACGCUAGCCUCGUCCUCACAGCAGGCACAUGCUAACAGCUACGGCUCACAGCAGAGGAACAGCGAACCGUGCGGCACACUGAAGGACGAGAAAUCUCAGCGUCAUUGUUCCAGCGGCAACAUGGAGGACGGCGAUAAGCUCCUGGCCCCGCCCCCUUCUUUCGGCAGCCAUUUUGAGAGGACAAUCUCUGUUGUCAGGGGCAACCGUAGCCUUGGUAUGACAGUGAGUGCUAUAAAGGACGGCUCAGGGAUGUUGAUCCGGUCAGUGGUCCGUGGAGGGUCUGUCAGUCAGGAUGGGAGGCUGGGCGUAGGAGACACUAUCCUGGCUGUGAACGGAGAACCCACCACCAACCUGACCAACGCUAUGUGCAGAGCCAUGCUGAGGAGACACUCUGUUACAGAGCCAGAUAUGAGGUCUCCUUCUGCUGAUCAGUGCUGCUGUUAUGAUGUGACAUUCAUCCCCUCGUCUCUGGUAGAAGAGCACCGUGCCUCCAUGGCCCAGCAGCCUCUGUCGUCCAUCAUGGUGGACGGCCCCUCACCCUGCCCCCUGACCCCCUCCCCUACCCCUCCUGGAGGUUCGACCCCUUCCCCUACCCCUCCUGGAGGUCUGACCCCUUCCCCUACCCCUCCUGGAGGUCCGACCCCUUCCCCUACCCCUCCUGGAGCCCCAGAUACAGCCUCAACAGUCCCAACUCCAGGUCCAGCUACAGCCCCAAGGCCUCAAGACCCUUCUCUACCCAGACCUGUAGUGUCAGCUACAAGUACAGCUCCAGCCUCAACCCCAACCAAAGGCCCACCCAGACCCCCACCCCCAGACAAGAGCCUAAUCCCUAAACCCCCACCCUCACCCAUACCACCGGAGGAGAGGAGAGGUGUGGAUGGAGUGAGAGAGGAGGAGGAGAAAGUGGAGAGGAAGAGAGAGGAGGAAGAGAAGAGAGACGAGGAGAAGAAAGUGGAGAGGAAGCGAGAGGAGGAGGAGGAGGUGAAAGAGGAAGAAGGGAGAGAGGAUGAGAUGUUUGUUUAUCCUACUAACCUCAGUUGGGCUGAACCUAGAAGGGUCAAGUUGAUGCGUUCUUCAGGCCAGUCUCUGGGCAUCAGUAUCAUGGGAGGUAGAGGGAUGGGCAGCAGGCUGAGCAGUGGAGAGGUGAUGAGAGGAGUGUUCAUUAAACACAUCACACCAGACAGCCCUGCUGGACACAACGGCACCCUGAAGACUGGAGACAGGAUACUGGAGGUAGGAGGCAUGGAUCUGAGAGAUGCCAGUCAUGAGCAGGCAGUGGAGGCCAUCCGAAGUGCUGGAGAUCCUGUUGUCUUCCUGGUGCAGACUGGACAACACAAAUCACAGUCGUCUCCUGUGCUCUCCAACCACGAGAGGCAAGCCUCAGCGUCACGCAGCGACUCACUGAACAACCGGAUGCCAGAGAGUCACAGUGGUCUGUUCCUUAGUCUCUCCCUCGCCAACCCCUUCACCCCUGCUCCCUUUAAGCCAACAACCAAUAGGACGGUCAGGAGAAGCCCCACAACUGUCUCUGCACCAAUCACACGGAGAGAAACGGAAGACGACAGCUGGAAGAAGAUGAUGUCCAGGUAUGGCGGUCUGCCAGGUGAGCUCCAUAUGAUAGAGCUGGAGAAGAGUCCCAGGGGAGUCACUAGCACUGAGGCCCGGGGACAGGGUCUGGUGCCUGGUCUGGGUCUCAGCCUGACGGAGGACAGGGAUGGUUCCAGAGCCCACCUCGGUGUCUACGUGGCUGGGGUCGACCCCCAGGGAGCGGCGGGGCGAGACAGGCGGAUACGGGUGGGAGAUGAGCUACUGGAGAUCAACGGUCAGAUCCUGUAUGGUCGUAGUCACCAGAACGCCACAGCCAUCCUCAACAGUGCUCCUUCUAAAGUCCAGAUCCUCCUCACCAGGAAUAAAGCCUCUCUGACGCAGAUGGCUCAAGGACCCUUGGGCGGGGACUCCUCCUCUUCCUCCCUCCAUCCCUCCAUCCAUGUCUCUUCCUCCCACCCCCCCAUUCCUCCCCACUCCUCCGUCGGCACUGCCAGGAACGCCUCCUCUUCCAGCGGGCGAUCUGAUUGGCCAACGGGCUCCGCUCUGACCCAUGACCUCCUGUGCUGUCCCAUAAUACCCGGCGUCGACAGCACCAUAGAGAUUUGUAAAGGACACUUGGGCCUGGGCCUCAGCAUCGUGGGGGGGUGUGACACGCUACUGGGGGCCAUAAUAAUCCAUGAGGUUAAUGAUGGAGGAGCAGCUCAGAGAGACGGGAGGCUGUGGACUGGAGACCAGCUAUUAGAGGUGAAUGGUAUAGACCUGGGCCAGGCCACCCAUGAGGAAGCUAUAGGGGUGUUAAGGCUGACCCCUCAACGGGUGCGUCUCACGGUGUUCAGACAUCAGCAGGAGUACGGGGAAGAGGACCUGUGGGAUGUCUUCCAGCUGGAGCUCAGACUACGACCUGGACAGACCCUGGGGCUCAGCACUGUAGGGAAGAGCAACGACACAGGUGUGUUUGUGUCUGAGAUCAUUGGAGGGGGUGUGGCUGAUGGAGACGGACGGCUGUUUCUAGGAGACCAGAUCCUGUCAGUCAACAGACAGGAUGUCAGAACAGCUACACAGGAACACGUUGCCUCACUGUUACAGAGCUGCAGUAGUGGAACGGUGAUCCUAGAGAUCGCUCGCUUCAAAGCCGUCGGCGUUCACUACUCCUGUGGAAGUCAGAGUGGUGACUCCGUAGGUAGUGACAGCUCCACCCUGACCCCUUCCACUGUGUAUGAUGUCCAGGGCCACCACCAGGGGGAGACAGAGAGACGUCAGAGAGGAGAGGACUACACAGUUGAAGACCACCAUGAGAUAAGGACAGUGGUGAUACAUCAGGGUCCGUGUGACUCUCUGGGUCUGAGUGUAGCUGGUGGGGUUGGUUCUCCUCAUGGAGACAUACCUCUCUUCAUCUCUACUAUGGACCCUGAUGGACUGGCUGCAAGAUCACACCAAAUAUAUGUAGGAGACUUCAUGGUAAGUAUUAACGAUGUCUCCACUGAGGGGAUGAGCCACGUCCAAGCUGGAGUUCUGCUGAAGACCAUCAGUGGGACCAUCACCCUACAGGUGCUGACUACAGGGUCGGUGGCUGAGGGCUGUGGAGGAGGACAGGCUCAGGGGGAUGUAGGUCUCCCCUCCACAGGACCAGCUACCCUGCACAACAACAUGAGUCCCCAGUUUUAUAGAACCAUCAGUCUGGACAGAGGAACUCUGGGUCUAGGCUUCAGCAUAGUAGGAGGGUUCAGCAGUCCCCACGGAGACCUGCCCAUCUACGUCAAAACCGUCUUCGGAAAGGGAGCAGCGAUUGAGGAUGGCAGGCUGCAGCGUGGGGAUCAGAUCAUCGCCGUGAACGGUCACAGUCUGGAGGGGGUCACCCACGCCGGCGCCGUCGCCAUACUGAAGAGGACCAAGGGAACUGUAGUCCUCACCGUACUCUCCUGAGUGUAGUCCUCGCACAACCGUCUGUCGCCCUUUGAUGAUGUCAUCAGCAGACUACAUCCGGGUUGUGUUCGUCAGGAAACAGACGAAACAGGGAGGGACUGUCUGAACUUUUUUUAAUAAGAAACAUUAAUGUAUGUGUUCUGUUGCAAAACGUUUUGCUACGGUGUGCAGUAAUGAAUAGGACCUUGUUUAUCUCUAGAAUGAGGUGAAGAGUCUCACAGAAGAAUGUCUUCUCUAUGUCUUCCUAGAUGUAACUGGUUCUCAUUGUAACAAAACUAUGAACCCUGUAAUGCCUUUCUAUGUGUCUAUGUACAUCAACAUGGACCUCAUCAUAGCAGACUACUGACAUCACUGGCUCCUUUAAAAUGGACCUCAUCAUAGCAGACUACUGACAUCACUGGCUCCUUCUAAACGGACCUCAUCAUAGCAGACUACUGAUUACUGACAUCACUGGCUCCUUCUAAACGGACCUCAUCAUAGCAGACUACUGACAUCACUGUCUCCUAAAUGGACCUCAUCAUAGCAGACUACUGACAUCACUGUCUCCUUCAAAACGGACCUCAUCAUAGCAGACUACUGACAUCACUGUCUCCUUCAAAACGGACCUCAUCGUAGCAGACUACUGACAUCACUGUCUCCUUCAAAACGGACCUCAUCAUAGCAGACUACUGACAUCACUGUCUCCUUCUAAACUGACCUCAUCAUAGCAGACUACUGACAUCACUGGCUCCUUCAACAUGGACCUCAUCAUAGCAGACUACUGACAUCACUGUCUCCUUCAAAACGGACCUCAUCAUAGCAGACUACUGACAUCACUGUCUCCUUCAAAACGGACCUCAUCGUAGCAGACUACUGACAUCACUGUCUCCUUCAAAACGGACCUCAUCAUAGCAGACUACUGACAUCACUGGCUCCUUCUAAACUGACCUCAUCAUAGCAGACGACUCACAUCACUGUCUCCUUCUAAACGGACCUCAUCAUAGCAGACUACUGACAUCACUGUCUCCUUCAAAACGGACCUCAUCGUAGCAGACGACUCACAUCACUGUCUCCUUCAAAAUGGACCUCAUCAUAGCAGACUACUGACAUCACUGGCUCCUUCUAAACGGACCUCAUCAUAGCAGACUACUGACAUCACUGGCUCCUUCUAAACGGACCUCAUCAUAGCAGACUACUGACUACUGACAUCACUGGCUCCUUCUAAACGGACCUCAUCAUAGCAGACGACUGACAUCACUGGCUCCUUCUAAACGGACCUCAUCAUAGCAGACUACUGACUACUGACAUCACUGGCUCCUUCUAAACGGACCUCAUCAUAGCAGACUACUGACAUCACUGGCUCCUUCUAAAUGGACCUCAUCAUAGCAGACUACUGACAUCACUGGCUCCUUCUAAACGGACCUCAUCAUAGCAGACUACUGACAUCACUGGCUCCUUCUAAAUGGACCUCAUCAUAGCAGACUACUGACAUCACUGGCUCCUUCUAAAUGGACCUCAUCAUAGCAGACUACUGACAUCACUGGCUCCUUCUAAACGGACCUCAUCAUAGCAGACGACUGACAUCACUGGCUCCUUCUAAACGGACCUCAUCAUAGCAGACUACUGACUACUGACAUCACUGGCUCCUUCUAAACGGACCUCAUCAUAGCAGACUACUGACAUCACUGUCUCCUUCUAAAUGGACCUCAUCAUAGCAGACUACUGACAUCACUGACUCCUUCAACAUGGACCUCAUCAUAGCAGACUACUGACAUCACUGUCUCCUUCAAAAUGGACCUCAUCAUAGCAGACUACUGACAUCACUGGCUCCUUCAAAAUGGACCUCAUCAUAGCAGACUACUGACAUCACUGGCUCCUUCUAAAUGGACCUCAUCAUAGCAGACUACUGACAUCACUGGCUCCUUCUAAAUGGACCUCAUCAUAGCAGACUACUGACAUCACUGGCUCCUUCAAAAUGGACCUCAUCAUAGCAGACUACUGACUACUGACAUCACUGGCUCCUUCUAAACGGACCUCAUCAUAGCAGACUACUGACUACUGACAUCACUGUCUCCUUCUAAACGGACCUCAUCAUAGCAGACUACUGACUACUGACAUCACUGGCUCCUUCUAAACGGACCUCAUCAUAGCAGACUACUGACUACUGACAUCACUGUCUCCUUCUAAACGGACCUCAUCAUAGCAGACUACUGACUACUCACAUCACUGGCUCCUUCUAAACGGACCUCAUCAUUGCAGACUACUGAUUACUGACAUCACUGUCUCCUUCUAAACGGACCUCAUCAUAGCAGACUACUGACAUCACUGGCUCCUUCAAAAUGGACCUCAUCAUAGCAGACUACUGAUUACUGACAUCACUGUCUCCUUCUAAACGGACCUCAUCAUAGCAGACUACUGACAUCACUGGCUCCUUCUAAACGGACCUCAUCAUAGCAGACUACUGACGACUCACAGAACUAACUAACACACUCUAACGAUGCAAGAACAAGUGUGGCAAUAGAUGCCAAGACUCUUCGCCAGUCUUUUAUAUUGGCAGUUAGGUGUAGAAUUUACAUUCAAAUUCAAAAUCUGAGCCUUUUCUCUCUCUCUCUCUCUGUGCGUUAGUUGCUACCUUAACAAUAUGAUACGGCUUAUUUCAUUAUGUAACUUUAUACUUCUGUCAUGUUCAUGAAUAUAUUAAUGUGACUGCUAUUUAACCAUUUAUUUAUUCUGUUUUAUAUGUUGCCUGUAGGAAGGCGUAACUAACCUGUACUUUUGUUCUAUUAUUUCAUAUGGUGAAUGUAAUGUAGAAAGAAACUAUUAAAGUUUUACGACAUAAGUUUUCUA